AUGAGUGCAAAAGCAGUUUCCUCACUUCUAAACCAAGGGGAGCUUUCAACAACCUCUGACUGUCAUGGGAAGAUCCCCGUGGAGCAUCUUGACUAUGCCUACGUUGAAAAAUGCACUGAUGUAAAAUACCUAGAGAAAAUCUUAAGGGUACUCAGGUCUGGAGACGAGGGCAUUUACCCCCAUCUGAUCCAGUUCUGUGAGAGUCAUUUAGAAAAGUUGGACCCUGGGAGUCGAGUUCUGAGAAAGGACAACCCAGUGGUUACAGCCUCUAGCCUCUCUAAAGAUGAAUGGAGCCAAAUCAUGGAUGAAAUGGAGAUUUGGCAAGAAGAAACCAAAGAGACUGAAACUUCGUUAAAACGACAGUUAAUGUUCCAUGAUAUAGAGAAUGAAAAUAUGCCACCUGUACGUGGCACCAACUGCUCUGUUUCACCCAAUCAGAUUUCAGCUUCACAAGAAAAGAAAAGUUCUUCAAAAAGGGUCCUCCCGCGUGAUUACAGAGAAUGGGAAAAGUUUGAUGCUGACAAAGAAUGUGAAAGAGUUGAUGGAAAUAUAGCCAAAAAAGAUCCUCCAGCCAUCAUAAACUCAGGCCAUCCCAAAAUCAAACCUACAGUGGACUCAACCUUACUAACCGAUAUAGAGAAGCUCCUCCUUGCAAAUCGUGAAAAAGACAAAGGCAACGAGGCUUUCAGAGUGAAUGACUAUGAGGAGGCUGUUGCGUAUUAUUCCAGGAGCCUAUCCAUUUUACCAACUGUGGCUGCUUACAACAACAGAGCCCAGGCACAAAUCAAACUCAAGAAUUGGCCCAAUGCCAUGAGGGACUGCCAGAGGGUACUGGAGAUGGAACCAGGCAAUAUAAAAGUAGCCAUUUGUUAUAUUCAUGGUUAAAGAUUUAUUUAUUUUCUAUCAUCAGCCUUGCUACGACGUGCCACAGUGCAGAAGCACCAGAGCAAAUUCAAAUUGGCAGCUGAUGACCUGAGGACUGUGCUUCGUCAUGAGCCACAAAAUUUUGCAGCUACUAAACUUCUCAUUGAAAUUAAUAAGAAGAUUAGGGAAUGUGAACUAGAACAGCAAGAUAGAGGCAAGAAAAUCCUCAUCCAAGACAUAGAGGAAGAAGAGGAUGAGAGCGAUAAUGAUGAUAUGAAGGCAGAACACAAUGCUCAUCGGGUUGAACCCAGCCAGCUUGCGGGAGGGGAGGAGCACACUGCUGCUCCCGCCGAAAGGGGAGACAUGGGGAAUGCUCAGAAAAAGCCUCAUGGCAGAGGAGAUGGGGGCCCUCACAGCGAAUCCAACAACUCCCACGGACACUGGCGAGGCAGGGGAGGCAGCUCGGACAAGUAUAAAGUGGCACAGGAAUCUCCGGACAAGGUAAACAAUGGAACAGGAAAGAGGAGCUCAACAGCUUCAGUCCAGGCUGAUCUGAAUUGCAAAUCGAAGGGAGUCCGGGCCGGUGAGAACAGGGGAGGAACUGUCAAUCUUGAUGCGCCAUGUGGAGCCCUGCCUCCGCCGCUUGCCCGGCUAAAGAAUGAAGGGAACCUGCUCUUUAAAAAUGGACAGUUCGGCGAUGCACUGCAGAAAUACACACAAGCCAUUACGGGCUUCACAGAUUCAGGUAUUGAUAGUCCAGAGGACCUAUGUAUUCUCUAUUCCAACAGAGCUGCCUGUUACUUGAAAGAUGGAAACAGUCAAGACUGUAUACAGGACUGCACACGAUCUCUGGAGCUGCAGCCCUUUUCCCUCAAACCUCUCCUGCGUCGGGCCAUGGCUUAUGACUCUCUGGAGCGCUACCGCAAGGCCUAUGUGGAUUACAAGACAGUUCUGCAGAUAGACACCAGCGUGCAGGCGGCACACGACAGUGUCAACAGGAUCACCAGGUUGCUGAUUGAGCAGGAUGGGGCAGAGUGGAGAGAGAAACUUCCAGAGAUUCCUCUGGUUCCUUUGUCGGCUCAGCAGCACCGGAGAGAGGAGCCGCCCAGUGCAGAGGUGCUGCAGGCUCGUGCAGAAAAGGUUGCCAGGGAUGCAGCAAGAAGAGCAGAAGUUUGUUUCACAUCUUUGAAGCAAGAAGGGAAUGAAUUUGUGAAGAAUGGCCUAUACCAGGAUGCUCUGGGAAAGUACAGUGAAUGUCUUAAGUUGAAGCCAGAAGAAUGUGCUAUCUACACCAACAGAGCCCUGUGCUACUUGAAGCUGGAGAGGUUUGCUGAAGCCAAGCAGGACUGUGACGCAGCACUUAAACUGGAGCCAACCAAUAAGAAGGCCUUCUAUAGGCGAGCCAUGGCCAAUAAGGGCCUCAAGGACUACCUGGCAUGCAGCUCUGACCUGCAGGAGGUGCUCCAGCAGGAUCCUAACGUGCAGGAGGCUGAGAAGGAGCUGGAGGAGGUUACGGUGCUGCUGCGACAGAGCCUGGCCAACGCCUCCCCACCGGCCAAGCCCAGGAAGACUGUACCCAUCACUGAGAUUGAAGGCGAUGAGGGAAGAGCAGCAGCAUCCAGUUUGGAAAACCACAGUGGAGGAGAGGACAUUGCCAUCAACCUCCAGCCAACCAAUGCCUACGAGUUUGGUCAGGCUCUCAACACAGUGUGCUCCAAAGGUGACAGUGCGGCCUGUGCAACCCUGCUGUCCUCCACAGCCCCGGAGACUCUGCCCCAGUUUCUGAGCACCCAGCUAGAUGGUCACACCAUCAGCUUGAUCAUGCAGGCUCUGGAUUCACACCUCCUGAAGAAAGACCCCAACCUGGUCUACCGGCACCUCAACCACCUGCACACCACCAACAGGUUUUCGGUUGUGCUGAUGCUUAUGGAGAAGGAUGAGCGUCAACACAUGACUCAGCUGUUUGAGCAUCUGUCCACUGUGCAAAGCACAGAGUUCACAAAAAACGAUGUUCAGAACCUGGCCAACAAAUAUAUCUGACCCUCUGCUCCCUCCUUCAUGAGCUAAACCACAAUACUUUGGAUCUAUGCAAACCGGCAUAUGCACUCAGUUGACAAGGAGAACAUGGGGCAGAAGACCCUUGGAACAUGUCCCAGAGCAAUAUUAUGGACCUGAAUCAAAUUCACUAUCUCUGCUGUAUGUUAUCUGGUUUAUGUAUGUUCAGCAAGCAAUAGGAGGAUUAUAUUUUACUCUCCAAAAUAUUUUGCUAUCCAGAUAUACUUUUGUACCACUACUGACAGUUUGCAUUGUAUGAAAGAUAGAAUCCUAUGGAUCUUUCACACUUGAAAUUGUAAUGCAAACAUAUUGUGCAAGGUUACCUGCAAGCUAUUUCCCUUUCGGCAUUUCUUUGUAAUCAGAGCAUGCUCAUAUACAGAGCAUUAAAUAUUCUUCUGCUCACUGGCUGUCGUAUCAAGUCGUCUAAUAGGGAGGACUGCAAUUGUAGAUGCUGGAUAGGCUAAAGAGGACUGACUGGCACCAGUGAAAGUCAGAAGGUUUUAAAACAGAUAUUAAAUGCAUGGUGAAUAUUUCAUAGAAGAGAAGUAAUGUUCUUUGAUACAGACUUCUCUCUUUUCUAAGGAAAGAAACCAUAAGAUAACGUGAUAGGUUGUUUUAUCAUCUGUCUGUUGUCUAUAUUCAUAAAAACAAUGGGACUUUUGCAAAAACAAAAAAGUAAUAUGGAGUCCUAUUGCUGAUGCCAGCCUCAUUAAACAAGUACAUACUGGCAAUAUUUGAAGAUAAAACAGAGAAGAAAUCAAAGAGAUCACUUCUUUUUUUACCCGCUAUGACUCACCUUACAUGAGUCAUAGUUUUCUGUGUCACAUCAACAAGGCAAAGAUCUUGGUUUCAAAAAGUAAAUUAUAUUUUUUCCGUUGCAUAAAUUCACUCCUGGAUACAAGGAAGUGUUCAUUAAAGGUGUCUUUUUCACUGGGAGCAGUAUGAAGAUAUGACUUUGCCCAGACCUCCUCUUUGAUCCGCAGAUAUCAGCCAAGCUCAUCGACACGUUCCUCCUUACAGCAGCCCCAUGCAUUCACACUGGACUGGAGCAGCAUCUUAAUGAGAUGUGUGCCUUUGGAUUUCAGAUUAGGGGUUCAAAUUUUGUUUUUUCUCAAGUGCAUCCACUUGUCUCACUUGCUGUCAUCGAAAAUAUUACCUGACAGACUCGUGUAAACCCACAAAGUGCACAAUUUUUAAAACGAGUUUUCAUCCACACAAAGGUCUCCUUGUAGGGCGUCAGGUUCCCGCAAACUCAAAACCAUUCUUUACAAAUAUCUCGCUGUUACAUAGCUUAGCUAAUAUCGCAGUAGUUUGAACCAAAAUCUGUUUUUCUUUUCAUGUAUAAUCAAUUCUAAAUGAAUGUACCAUGUUGAGUUCAGGGAAACAAGCUGAAGCAAAUUACUGCAUGUGUUCUGCAGUUCCUCUUAACGGCUGGUUUUAUUACAUUUCAGUAGAAACUUAAAAAAAAAGUGUUGGAAAAAUAAUUUAAACGGUUGUCAAUAAACUGAAAAUAAUUUAUACAAGAUUAUAACUCCUAUGCUGUGAGUUCAACUAAUAGUGAAUAUUUUAUGACAAAUGUCAGCUGAAUAAAAUCAAAACCUUAA